AUCACUUUGUUUGUAAUAUCAUUCUGAUUGUAAUGUCAUUCUGAUUGUAAUGUCAUUCUGAUGUGGUACAAAUCACAGUUGCUGAAUUGGUUAAUCAAAUGUUUAUAAUUGUUUCUUUUGCUUUUUUAAUCCAAUUAGUAAGUUCAUUAUCGCAAGAUGACAUUGUUAAUUACGUUAACAGAAAUCGGGAGCAGGGAAAAAGUACUUGGGAAGCUAAAAAGUAUCCAUUUUCUUACCCCGACUCAAAUUUUGAUCAUGCAAUUGAUCGUUUUCCUGUAAAAGAAAAUUCCGAGUUUGGAUUCUUAACGAAUCUGUAUCAGAGCAACUUUAGAAGAACUUUCUUGGAAGUUCCUGACAUUUUUGACGCUCGGUUUAAAUGGUCUCAUUGCGACACGGUUUGGGAAAUCUACGACCAGGGUAAUUGUGGUUCAUGCUGGGCCGUUGCUGUAGCUUCUGCAAUCAGCGACCGAAUCUGCAUCAAACACCCGAAUAAUGGCUCGGUUCGGAUCUCGGCCCAAACUGCUUUGAACUGUAUUGGCGAAGGAUGUAGUAGUGGUAAUGAUCCAUUUUCUGUGUGGGAGUAUUGGGUGCAGCAUGGGCUACCGACGGGGGGACGAUUUGGAGACAAGAAAUCAUGCCAACCAUACAGAAUACCGGGAAAAGAGGCAACAGCUGCACACUUCUUGAGUUCAAUUCUCCCUAGCUUUUUUGAUAAUAAAAGUUGUCCCACGCGCUGUAUUUUACAGUACCAUAAGUCGUUCAAAAACGAUCUUUAUUUCGGAUCAAGGGCUUACAAAUUACCCUCGCUCAACACUAGAUUGAUGAAGCUGGACAUUAUGCUAAACGGGCCCGUGGUUUCCGUUGUUCGUAUGAGUGAAGAUCUUAGAAGCUACAAAUCUGGAAUUUAUCAUCAUCAAAUUGGAAAUUCAAGUAGAUACCAUGCGGUCAAAAUUUUGGGCUGGGGCAAAGAGAACGGGACCGAUUACUGGAUCUGUGCCAACAGCUGGGGUCGAUAUUGGGGGGAGAAGGGAUUCUUCAGAAUACGAAGGGGGGUCAAUGAGGCCCUGAUUGAGACUAGGAUCUCAGGUGGAAUCUCAGUGUAGAAGUGUAGAAACAAUCUUGGACCAUAGAACCAAUCGGGGCUCUUUAACUAUCCCCCCAUUUCUCUUAUA